AUGUGUGGAAGGACUGCGUGUACUCUUGCUCCUGACGAGUUGAGCCGAGCCUGCUCUUACAAAAACCGAAGAGGGCGGCGGAGACAGCCCCGCUGGAGGGAUGGAGAUGCGGACAAAUACCAACCCUCGUACAACAAGAGCCCCCAUUCUCUGAAUCCCGUCCUGCUGUCUCAGAGGCAUUUUGAUAAGAAUGCUCCUGCGGAUGAGUUUGUGUUGGCCUCGAUGCGUUGGGGUCUGGUACCUGCCUGGUUCAAGGAGAAUGACCCAAGCAAGAUGCAUUACAACACCAGCAACUGCCGCAGUGAGAAUAUACUGGAGAAGAAAUCUUACAAGGACCCCCUGAUCAAAGGACAGCGCUGUGUCAUCCUGGCUGAUGGUUUUUAUGAGUGGAGGAAGCAAGAAAAAGUCAAGCAGCCUUUCUUCAUAUACUUCCCUCAGACUCAGGGACCCAGUCAGGAGAAGGAUCGGGAUGACCCCACGACCUCCGCUCGCAAUAAGGCGUCCCCUGACUUGAGACAGGGAGGAGAAGCACCAGGUGAGUGGACUGGAUGGAAGUUGCUGACUAUGGCUGGACUGUUUGACUGCUGGAUACCUCCGGAUGGUGGAGAACCCCUUUAUACAUACAGUGUAAUCACUGUGAACGCUUCCCAAAACCUGCAAAGCAUCCACAAUCGGAUGCCAGCAAUCCUGGCUGGAGAGGAAGAAGUGAGAAGAUGGCUAGAUUUUGGGGAGGUGAAGUCUCUAGAUGCCUUGAAACUGCUCCAGUCUAAAAACAUUCUGACUUCUCAUCCUGUCUCUUCACUAGUAAACAACUCUCGCAACAACUCUCCAAAGUGCCUUCAGCCAGUGGAUCUUAACAGCAAAAAGGAUCCCAAGCCCACAGCCAGCCAUAAGAUGAUGAGCUGGCUGACGAGUAGCCCACCUUCAAAGAGGAAGGAACCCAGCACACGUGAGCGUAAAGAAGAGCAAGAACACAAGGCAGAGGCUCAGUGCAAGUCUACAGGAGCACUUCAGCUGUGGCUUCAGGGAACCAACAAAAAAAGAAGAACCAACUGAAGUUAUGAACUGGGACUAAAAACUGUGCAGUGUUUAAAACACCAUUUAGGCCUUAUUUAUUACGUUACUAUUUUGAUAGGUAUGAGGAAAUGUAUGUUCAGGGUUUUUUGCAUUAGUAACUGUUUUAAAUGUAAUAAAACUAUACCACACACUGUUUCAUUUCAAAAGGUUAUCAAUAAAUGUCAAUUAAACACAG